ACAGCCUUUUAGAGAAGAUUUCCUGAUUGCUUAAGAAGCAAAUGAGGUUUCCUCAGUCCAGUGGAGACACUAGGUGUGCUAGGCCCUGAUCAGGAUCCCAUCACCUGCCAGAAACAACCUUGUCCAUGGAUUGGCCCCCUCAUUCCUCCCUGACACACCGUGGCCCCCGUGACUGUUAACUGGAGUUGAAUCCAUGAGAGAAGACCCCAGAUCUAUAGCAUGAAAUCAACAGAGACCAAAUCUUAACCAGGCGUUUCCAUCUUUCUGUCACACUGACCUACAAUCGUCCCAGGCCAAAACGUCUACCAGCCACACGCCACCAACCUUGAAGUCAAGAGGGCCCCUAGUGAAGACGAGAUGGGAGACAUGGCUAACAGCUCAGUGGAUUUCUAUCCCAAGAACCAGCGACAAGAGCUGAACCAUGCUGGUGGCUUUGGCUGCACCCUGCCGGAGCUGCGCUCUCUCAUGGAGCUGCGGGGAGCGGAGGCUCUUCAGAAAGUCCAGGAGACUUACGGAGAUGUCAACGGCCUCUGCCGAAGGUUAAAGACCUCACCCACCGAAGGUCUGUCAGACAACAUAGCGGAUUUGGAAAAGCGAAGGCAGAUCUACGGACAAAACUUCAUCCCUCCCAAACAGCCCAAAACGUUCCUGCAGUUAGUUUGGGAAGCUCUCCAGGAUGUGACGCUCAUCAUAUUGGAAAUCGCGGCCAUCAUAUCCCUGGGUCUUUCAUUUUAUGCGCCACCGGGAGAGGAGAGUGAAGCCUGUGGAAAUGUAGCAGCUGGAGCAGAAGAUGAGGGAGAGUCGGAAGCUGGCUGGAUUGAGGGAGCUGCCAUCUUGCUGUCAGUCAUUUGUGUCGUGUUGGUGACGGCCUUCAAUGACUGGAGUAAGGAGAAGCAGUUUCGGGGCCUGCAGAGCCGGAUUGAGCAGGAGCAGAAGUUCACAGUCAUCCGGAACGGUCAAGUCAUUCAGAUCCCAGUAGCAGAGCUCGUUGUGGGAGACAUCGCCCAAAUCAAAUACGGGGACUUGCUGCCCGCAGAUGGAGUUCUGAUCCAGGGGAAUGACCUCAAAAUUGAUGAAAGUUCAUUAACAGGAGAAUCAGACCACGUACGCAAGUCAGUGGAAAAGGAUCCUAUGUUACUCUCUGGCACCCACGUCAUGGAAGGAUCGGGAAGAAUGGUGGUCUCUGCUGUUGGUGUAAACUCCCAGACAGGGAUUAUCUUUACCCUGCUCGGAGCCGGCGGUGAGGAAGAGGAGAAAAAGGACAAGAAAGGAAAGCAGCAGGAUGGGGCUGUGGAGAAUAAUCAGAACAAAGCGAAAAAGCAAGAUGGGGCAGUAGCCAUGGAGAUGCAGCCUCUGAAGAGUGCAGAGGGAGGAGAGAUGGAGGAGCGGGAGAAGAAGAAAGCCAGUGUGCCCAAAAAGGAGAAAUCAGUGCUGCAAGGGAAACUCACUAAACUGGCCGUGCAAAUCGGGAAAGCAGGUUUGGUGAUGUCUGCCAUCACCGUAAUCAUCUUGGUCCUCUACUUUGUGAUUGAGACCUUCGUGAUCCAGGGCCGAGUCUGGCUGGCGGAAUGCACCCCCGUCUACGUACAGUACUUUGUGAAGUUCUUCAUCAUCGGGGUCACUGUCUUGGUGGUGGCAGUGCCCGAAGGCCUGCCCCUUGCUGUCACCAUCUCCUUAGCUUACUCAGUCAAGAAAAUGAUGAAGGAUAAUAACUUGGUUCGGCACCUGGACGCCUGUGAGACCAUGGGAAAUGCCACUGCCAUCUGCUCUGACAAAACGGGCACUCUCACCACCAACCGCAUGACGGUAGUCCAGUCCUACGUGGGGGACACGCACUACAGAGAGAUCCCUGACCCCGGAAGUCUGACCCCAAAAAUCUUGGACCUUCUUGUCCAUGCCAUCUCCAUCAACAGUGCCUACACCACCAAGAUACUACCUCCAGAGAAGGAAGGAGCCCUUCCACGCCAAGUAGGCAAUAAAACUGAGUGUGCCCUACUUGGGUUUGUCCUGGACUUGAAACGUGACUUCCAGCCGGUGCGAGACCAGAUCCCAGAGGAGAAGCUUUACAAGGUGUACACCUUCAACUCCGUCCGGAAGUCCAUGAGCACGGUUACCUGCAUGCCCGAUGGAGGCUUCCGGUUGUUCAGCAAAGGAGCAUCGGAAAUCCUUCUCAAAAAGUGUACGAACAUCUUAAAUAGCAGCGGUGAGCUCCGGGGCUUCCGCCCCCGUGAUAGGGAUGAGAUGGUCAAGAAGGUCAUCGAGCCAAUGGCCUGUGACGGAUUGCGGACCAUCUGCAUCGCCUACCGGGACUUCUCUGCUGGGCAGGAGCCAGAGUGGGACAAUGAAAAUGAGAUCGUUGGAGACCUGACCUGCAUUGCUGUGGUGGGCAUCGAAGACCCCGUCCGACCCGAGGUUCCUGAAGCCAUUCGCAAGUGCCAGCGCGCUGGCAUUACCGUCCGCAUGGUGACGGGAGAUAACAUCAAUACUGCCCGGGCCAUUGCAGCCAAGUGUGGCAUCAUCCAACCCGGGGAGGACUUCCUGUGCCUGGAAGGGAAGGAAUUCAACCGGAGAAUCCGAAACGAGAAAGGAGAGAUAGAACAGGAGCGCCUGGAUAAAAUCUGGCCAAAGCUGAGAGUUCUAGCUCGCUCUUCUCCAACCGACAAACACACACUGGUGAAAGGAAUCAUCGACAGCACCAUUGGAGAGCAGAGACAAGUGGUGGCCGUGACCGGGGACGGAACCAACGAUGGACCGGCCCUGAAAAAGGCUGAUGUUGGCUUUGCUAUGGGGAUAGCUGGGACGGAUGUAGCCAAAGAGGCUUCGGACAUCAUCCUGACAGACGACAACUUCUCCAGCAUCGUCAAGGCGGUGAUGUGGGGUCGCAACGUCUACGACAGCAUUUCUAAAUUCCUGCAGUUUCAGCUGACGGUCAAUGUGGUGGCAGUGAUUGUGGCCUUUACAGGUGCCUGCAUCACUCAGGACUCUCCUCUCAAAGCUGUCCAGAUGCUCUGGGUGAAUCUGAUCAUGGAUACGUUCGCUUCUCUGGCUCUGGCAACAGAACCACCCACCGAGUCUCUCCUCCUGCGCAAGCCGUAUGGUCGCAACAAGCCCCUCAUCUCGAGAACCAUGAUGAAGAACAUUCUGGGACACGCGGUCUACCAACUCACCAUCAUUUUCACCUUGCUUUUUGUUGGUGAAAUCUUUUUUGACAUUGACAGUGGCCGAAAUGCCCCUCUGCACUCUCCUCCCUCCGAACACUACACCAUUAUCUUCAACACUUUCGUGAUGAUGCAGCUAUUCAAUGAAAUCAAUGCGCGGAAAAUCCACGGGGAAAGGAAUGUCUUUGAUGGCAUCUUUGGCAAUCCCAUCUUCUGUACCAUUGUUCUGGGAACCUUUGGUGUUCAGAUCGUGAUUGUGCAGUUUGGUGGCAAGCCCUUCAGCUGUUCACCUCUGACCACAGAACAGUGGCUCUGGUGCCUGUUUGUGGGCGUGGGGGAGCUGGUCUGGGGACAGGUCAUCGCCACCAUUCCCACUAGCCAAUUAAAAUGUUUAAAGGAGGCGGGGCACGGGCCCGGAAAGGACGAAAUAACCGAUGAAGAGAUGGCUGAGGACGAAGAAGAGAUUGACCAUGCCGAGAGAGAGCUCCGACGUGGCCAAAUCCUCUGGUUCCGUGGCCUCAAUCGGAUCCAGACUCAGAUGGAGGUAGUGAGUACCUUCAAGAGAAGCGGUUCAUUUCAGGGUGCCGUGCGCCGACGUUCCUCGGUCCUCAGCCAACUCCAUGACGUAACCAAUAUUUCUACCCCCACUCACAUCCGGGUGGUGAAAGCAUUCCGUAGUUCUCUCUAUGAAGGGCUGGAGAAACCGGAAUCCAAGACCUCCAUCCACAACUUCAUGACGACGCCUGAGUUUCUGAUCAAUGACUACAUCCACAACAUCCCUCUCAUUGAUGAUACAGAUGUGGAAGAGAAUGAAGAGCCUCCAGGCAAGGGCCUCCGGGCCAGCCCGCCCCAUUCCCCCAACAAAAACAACAAUGCCAUAGACAGUGGCAUCUACUUGACCACGGAUGCCAGCAAGUCAGCUACCUCUUCUAGUCCAGGAAGCCCAAUCCACAGCAUGGAGACGUCACUCUAACCAGAACUUCUCUCUCAAGCACACAAUCACAGAAACAAAUAUGGACACCCAAACCCACACACAACAGUGAAAUGCAAAUAUGUACACACACACACACACACAAAAAAAAAAAAAAAAGAGAGAGAAAAGCCAAUGCACAAGAGAGGAAAACAACAAAGCUCUCAGACUAUUUUUUUUUUGCAGAUGGUUUGCAAAAAGAAGAAUAAAUUAAACAAAUAAGGAUCGUGUGGCAGAUGUUUGUUUAUCCAGGACAUGAGGAAUAGCUUAUUUCACAAAAGGGGAGAGAGAAAAAAGAACUAGAGAGGGGAAGGGGUGUUUUCCCCUACUGAUUUUUUUUGUCGUUAAUGAUUAUAGAAAUGAACUCCUAAAUUCCACCAUCUGUUGGGGGCUUGGACUCUGAGCUGGGGUGGGGUUUUUUUUAUGCACGGGGGAAGACAGACAAAAAUGUAUUCAUAAAGGAAAACAAAAAAAAGAAGAGACUUUGGUGGUUUGGGCUGAGCUCAAACCAAGGAAACUGCUGUACAGAGAUAACAUGCAUUUAUUGAUUUUUUCCUUUCUCUUCAGUCCAGCAAAGGCCUCACAUGCGUGAGCCACUCAAAUAUAUUUGCACCAAAAAAAUUUAAAAAAAAACAACAAAAAAAAUAAACUUCACAGCUAUAUUAUAAAUAUAUAUAAGAAACAAAACAAGUAUUAAGAAUAGGAAACUGAUUCUUGGCAUGAUUUUUCAGUUCCUUUUUCCAGGCAUUUUUAUUUUAAAAUUGCAUUAUUGAUUGUAGCAGGUAUUUUUUCAGGGAAAUAGUUUGCAAAAAUAACUUUUCGGUUCCAAAAUUUUGCUCCCUUUCCCUUUGUUCCAUCUCUCCUUCCCCAACCACCUUAACUUCCUGGCCCCUGCAUUUAUCCCUCUUCCCCUAGAGUUAAGUUCCUGGAAAUAUUUUUGAUGAAAAGUCAUAAUCCUAAGGGGAAAAUAAAUGAAGGGGAGGGGAAGAACUUGAGCAGGAGCUAGGAAAGGGUUGGAAUAAGAUGGUUUGCACUUCAGGAGAUAUGACUGCACACUGGUGGCAUGAGGGAAGCUAUGUUAAAGCUCCUUAUUAAAAAGACUGUAAGAAAGUGUCUCAUCAGAAAGAUGUCGUUCAGUAGGUGGAAGCUGAAUUAUUCUUUUGUGUUUCACUAUGUUGGCUCAUCCUGACUCCAGUCUUCAAGCCGGAUGUUGCUAUUUCUCUCUCCUCCUCCCCAGUCUAAAGAAAUGGGAUGCCAAAAGCUCCAUUAAAGUUGCCAAUCACUAAUUAUCAUAGAAGUCCUGAUAAUAAUAAUAACUGUGGUAUUUGUUAAGCACUUACUAUGUGCCAGGCACUGUACUAAGUGCUGGGA